AUGCCAGCGGCCUUUCCCCGCCUUGGCGAAGCAGAGUUUGAGCAGGCCUGUGUCCGUCUGCUGCAACGCUUCCAGUGCGUGCGCACCAUGCAGACCGAGUGGCUGUCUGCGGAGAAGAUGCACCGACAUGGGACCGUUGUGCUGCGAAUCACCAAGCCCCUCACGCAGGGGUUGCCCUCUAGCAACCACUCGGUGCAAGACAGAGAUGAGGAGCUAGACGAGCUUGGUGAUUUGGCAGAAGACGACGAGGAGGCUCUGAACGAGACUGCAGUGUCCCCGGCAAUCGUCGUCUACGACACUGUCCUCUCUCCAGUCUACCAAGUCCCAGUGCUGUACUUUGGCAUACAGGACCCGCUGCAUCGCUAUCCCCCCACAAUGACGACUCUAUAUGAUCAUCUUGUUGUGCCGCACUUCAGGCCCCAGACACAAGACACCAGCACGGGCGUCAUUGGAGGCAUCUCCAUGACUGAACAUCCAAUUACUAACACGCCUGUAUUCUUCAUCCAUCCAUGCCAAACUGCCCAGGUCAUGCAAGCUAGCCUGCACAAGGACACGACGGCAGAAGCAUAUCUCAUGGCCUGGAUUGGCGCACUAGGCAAACCCGUGGGUUUAAACAUACCCCUAGUCCUUGCCCAA